CGCUCUUCCAACUGAGCUAAGGUCGGUUGAUGACCUUCGCAUUAUUUUAUUUAUAUCGAAGUGACAGCAAACACUCGGCCCUAGGCUAAUAACCGGUCGAAGUAGAUCAUCAAGGUUCCACUAUUACAACCAGCACAGUACUACUAUCAAGGUCAGAUGGGCAAACAGAACAAAGACGAUAUCCCCAACCCAAGCAGGGUUGCCAAUCGUGAUAUCAUCCAACGUCUUAACUUCCUCUACCAAGCCAGUGUUCUCCUCAAUGGCAUGACAGCUGGCCCCUCCUCGCAGGUUCUGUUUAGCACUUGCGAGACAGAUGACACGCAAGACCCGCCGAAAGAACGGCAAAAGAGGGUCGUGUCUACUGCGGACCUGUCUAGGAGCUACAUAGACACGAUGAAAAUCGUCGGGCAGAAGACGACUGUCAAGAUUGAUCCAACAGUCAAACGCGUUAUAUGUAAGGGAUGUCGUAUCGUGUUAAUACCUGGCGCCUCCUCGACCGUGCGGGUGAAGAAUUCCAAAUCGCACGGACACCUUGUUAUCCACACUUGUAACUCUUGCAGAACAUCACGGCGAAUACCUGCGCCUCCAGUACUGGAUACAAAUGAACCUGAAUCCAAAUCCACCACGACGAACCAACCAGCUCCAGGUGCUGCAACCGGAAGUGCUUCGCGGUCAGCACAGGAUAGACAGAAGAGGCCGCGCGGGCGCCGUCUUGCGCCUCACUUUGCUCGAGACCUCGGCCAUGUUGUUUUCCGAGGAAACGAGAGGUUACCUGAUACUAUUCUGUGAGAUCACACUGUAUCAUUCUAUGACUUGUCUGCUCCCCCACCGGUACCCUACUAUUCAUUACUGAAGUUAGACAAUUCGGUGAGUCGAGUCUCGCGCUAUCACGUUAUACGUUAUCUAUGAAAAUAUCACUCAGUUCCUCUCAAUAGGUUUGAAAGUGCAAACAACGGAGCUAGUGGUAGGGAAUACCCACGACAAGUUUGAAGUUCACGGCUCCAGCGCUAUCGCUAGCCCACACAGGGCUCAAGCUAUAUUGAUGUCGGGAACGUUCUGCAAAUACCUCGCUGUAGAGCUGUAGAUAAUAAUAUGAUCAUAGUACUCACCCACGGUCCGCAACGACACUGCUCAAUGCCCGAUGAUUGUAACUAUGUAGCCCACUGGUAUUACUAGACGUAGUAGGUUAUUUAGUCUUCUUUAUGCAGACCAGUGGUGAAUCGUUCGGCAC